GAUUCAAAGUGCUCCAGGGAACUUGCCCUAAUCCACUUUUAGAAGCUGAUGAUGGUGUUCCACCGUGCCAUCCAGGCAGCUCGGGAUGCAGACCUUGCAGCUCUGAGGAAUAUAGCAUCUUUUGGUCAACUGUCCCCUGCUAUCAGCGAUGCGCAAGGUGCAGGCCCUGUGCAUCAUGCUGCCAGGUGUGGACGUCUGGACUGCCUGCAGUUCCUGGUGAUUGACCUCGGCCUGCCAGCGCACUCUCGAGCCUUAAAUGGAGCCACGGCAGCACAUGAUGCAGCAGCUACUGGUAACAUCCGGGAGCUGCAGUGGCUUGUGGACCACGGAGGUUGCAACAUUGAGGACAAGGAUGCAGCAGGAGCCACGGCUCUUCACCUGGCAGCUCGCUUUGGUUGUGUGGAGGUGACUCGGUGGCUGGUGUCUGUUGGAGGAGUGGCCAACGUUGCAACAAACUGGGGAGCUGUACCAGCUCACUAUGCUGCAGCCAAUGGGAGUCUUACCUGUCUGAGACUUCUCCUCCAGGAGGCACCCAGGUGUGUGAACCAGCAGACGGGUAUGGGAGCUACGCCCCUGUACCUGGCCUGCCAGGAGGGGCAUCUGCACAUUGUUCAGUAUCUUGUGAAAGACUGUGGGGCUGAUGUUCACCUGAGAGCCCACGAUGGCAUGACCUGCCUUCACGCUGCUGCUCACAUGGGCCACCAGGGUGUGGUGGUGUGGCUGGUGACCUGCACCAAUGUGGGUUUGUCCUGCCAGGACAGAGAAGGAGCAACAGCUAUGCAUUUUGCUGCCAGCAGGGGACAUCAUUGCAUUUUGGAGAAACUGCUUCACAUGGGUUCUAAAGUCAUCAAAGAUUUCUGGGGAGGGACUCCUCUUCAUGAUGCUGCAGAGAACAGGGAGCUGGAGAGCUGUAAAAUCCUGUUGGCCAAUGGUGCGAACCCUACAGAUGAAGAUAUUGAUGGAUUCACAGCAGCGGACCUAGCUGAGUACAAUGGUCACUCUGAAUGUGCCAGAUACCUUCGUGCUAUAGAGAAAAACAUAUCGUGUGCAGAUAGAUCCAUCGAGGUUCUUACUCCAGUAGAGGAGGACAUCAAGGUGAAGCCGACUGUGUUGCUUCAUUGCAGCAAAGAGGACUACUACUGGAGCCUGAGUGAGGAGUGCAGAGACAGUCAGAGCAGUAACAAACACAUGGAUAGUUUGAAGCAACCAGACUGUGAGGAGCCACCUCAGUCUAGAUACCCUCAGCCUGCUCCAGCAUCUCCGUUAUCCUCUGCUUCAGAGACAGCCAAAGCAAGGAGAAUAGAGCAAGUCCAGAUUACUGCAUCUAUUAUUAAAGGUUUUAAUCAGUCCAAGGCAGCUGGGAGUGAAAGAAGUGCCUCAGCUGAUAAGACAUUUCCUGAAACAAACCUCCUGGCUGAGAGAAAACUCCUGGGUGACAUGAAGAACAUUAAAUCCUUGAAAGAGUCAGGGAUGUCAGGACUCUUUACUGGACAAGCGAACAAGAUGGUGGUCCUGCCCACUGAGGAGGCUAACCUGUCAGACAUUGACUAUCUGGUGCCCACCCACGAUGAGAAAGGUUGCCCCAUAGCUGAGUGGAAGAGGCAAGUUAUGGUGAGGCAACUGCAGGCGAGGCUGCUGGAUGAAGAGGAUCAGAGGAGGAAGGAAAAUGGGAACAGAUAUGCCAAAGUCAGCUGGAGGUACUCCCAAGCCCACAAUGCCAUCCUGGGACCCUCUGGUGAGCUGCUGACUGAGGAUGACCUCAUCUAUCUGGAACAGCAGAUUGCCAAUGUUUCUCUCCAGAGGAACUGUGAAGGUUAUGAGCUAGAGCUGGCUCGUCUAGCUGAGGAGCUCAGGCACAUCCUACCAGCUCCCAUAGUCAACAUCACUGUCAACACCCAGUUCCGGAACUUCAAGACCCAAGUUCCCCUACCUGUUUGGUGUGGCCGGAUCUCAGGCAUUGUUAAGAGCAUGUCUCUGCUCAUGACUAACCUGACAGACCAGCCCUACUGUAAGAUGCCCAACACUGAACUCAUCACGGUGUUUUCUCAGGCACCAGACAGACAGAUCUCCAACAGGGUGCGCAGGGAGAGCAUUGAGGAUGAAAUUAAUCAAUUUGGAGUGUCUGUGAGAACUCUGAGGUCAAAUUUUGAGAAACAGAGCACAUCUUUGUCGGAUCACCCAGAGGAAGGUAUCAGGUUCUGUCCUUCCAUACAGCUUGAAGACACAAACCUAGACCAACAACUGAGAGAGUUGAAGCCAGCUGCCGAAACAGACCAGAACAGUGACUCUGGUAUUGACAAUGAAAAUGAUAAAAAUAUUGCAGAUGUUCAGGAAACCAUCAGCCUUAGGAAGGAGCGCAUAGUAGUCCUAUUUUUAGGUCACUGGAAAAAGUCUGCCUACGCCGUGACACUGAGGAGCAAGGAUGCAGUCGAAAGGAAGAUGAGCAACAACCAGGGGACCAAGAACGAGUAUGGUUCUGGUCAAACAGACAGCACAGAGAGUGACGAGUCAGUUAUGAUCAACAGUUCACUGGGACAUUUCUUUAAACAGAGGAGUGCUGUCAACAAGAUGCUGGGAAACUGGAGGAAGAUGAUCUCCAGUGUCCCUUCGAGACAGAUACGAAGGCUCCACAGGCAGACGGCCCUCUUCUCCCCAGAGCAGUUCUUACCUCGUCUGGAUGGGGUGCCGCUGGACUACGACAGCCUGACCCUGGAUCUCUUCAUGCUGGGCUACUUUCACAUCUUGGAGUUGGAUCUCCCUGUGGAUGAAAGGAAAAUGAGGCACUUGCUGUGUUUUGAGGUUUUUGACCGUGUGGGGAAAUUCCCCUGGGAAACAAUCAGAGAGUUUCACAAGGCAGUCGUGCAGGACAUUGAGGCUGGGAACCGUGAGUGGAAGGAUGGCUUUGAGGACGUUAAAGUAAAAUUCUUUGGAAACACUGUGAACGAAUCUGAAGACACGUCUAAUGUGGUGAAACACAGCCUCCCAGAGGUUAGACAGGUCCCUAAAGUCAUUGUUCAAACACCUACGCCUGAUGAGAACGUGCUCUGUGGUGGAACUGAUAUUUCCAGUUUCAGUAAUGAAGAAAUAUGUCAAUACAUUGAUCGCAGUUUUGCUUUUUGGAAAGAAAAAGAGGCAGAGAUCUUUGAUUUUGAGUAGUUUUUUUAUGCUUUGUAGCCUAAGAUAAUUAUGACUUGUGAAGUAAAAUGUUCCUAUUGUAGGAAAUGAAAACAUUUUUAGAGUUUUGUUUUAUAAAUCACAACAUUAUUUAAUGUUAGCUUGAAUUCUACCCAAUAUUGACAGAUCUGAAUGGUAAUUUGUAUAAUUUUUAUACAGUUUUAUUGCACUGUGCUUAGAAAUUAAACAAUGAAUUUCA